AUGGAGUUUGUCUGCCGUGAGGGGGGCCCUCCGCGUCGUUUUUUCUGUGCCAAUAAAGAUACGUAUAGGGAAGUGUGGCCCUGUCUUUUUUCACGAAGGGUGCCCGCCGCGCGUUUGUUUCUUCGUUGGGCCGCCAGGAAUGGAGCAGCGGUGCAUUGUGCGCUGAAGCUACAGCUUCAUCAUGGGCGAGGGUGCCGAUUGGUCGCCACGCGACGAAUUUAUCCUGGGCGGGCCUUGGUAUCAUUGCCCCUUACACUCUCUCUGUCAGCCGCACCGCACGAACAACGCAAGAGUUUUUCUUGUCAUUGGGACUCGUUGGAAACACUCACUGGGGUUGUGGUGCGUGAGCUGCACAAUCCCCGAAGCUUUCACCGCGGAUACCUUGAGUUUUUGCAUGACCUGUACAAUACUGAGACUGCCGACGUGUUCACAAAUCGUAUCUCGUUGCAUGAAGAAUUAGAAAGGAUGUACAUGGGGAACUCCAUGCAGGCGCAAGGAAUUUUAAACGGCCCUUUUUUAUCGAAAGAGAGUCUUGUGUCCCCUUCCCAGCGCGUUGAGUGGGUGCGGUUGCGUUCUCUGUCGCGGCGCAUGGAGCAGAGUUUGCCUCAUUUUGCCUCCAAAUCCGUGCCAUGGGGAAUGUCAAUGGUCUUAUCUCGUGCUCUUUGCGAUGAUUUCGGUGGUCUGACAUUAUACCCCAUCAUAGAUUUUUGCCUUCAUAGCUUUGAGCCUAAUUCCGUAGUUCGUGUCAUGCCCGCUGAAAGUGGCCAUGGCAAAGGUGUUGGUCUGCGAUGGCAUGACACCAGUGUGUCGUGUGCGCAUCUAGUGACACAGCGCGACAUCUCGGCUGGUGAGUCUGUAACUGUCAUGUAUAGCCCACGCCGUGUGCUGUCUAGCGAAGAUGCCGAAUAUUGGAAACUGAGGUGGGGUUAUGUGCCAAAUUAG